AUGUACAAUCUUACAUCCCUUAGGGAGCUAGAGAUUGUAAAAUGCCCGAAACUGUUGUCAUUUUCACACGAUAACUUGCCUCUUACGCUAAAAGGGUUGGUGGUAAAAAAUUGUGAUAAUUUGAAGUGUUUAUUAGAUGAAGAUGGAAUGAACAUCAGCAGAAGAUCUUUACUUAGCCAUCUGAUAAUUGAACGAUGCCACUCUCUAGCAUCUUUAUCAUCAGCAGGUGAUUUACCUGUUAAGCUUCAACAUCUGAAGAUAUGGAGUUGUCCAAAAUUGGCCUAUUUAUCAUCAAGUGGCUACUUACCUGUGGGGCUUAAACACCUGUGGAUAGACACUUGCCAAAUGCUGGAAUCCGUUGCAGAUUCAGUUCACUACAACACUUGCCUUGAGUCCAUUUUUAUUGCCAGGUGUGAAAAAAUUCAGUAUCUGCCAGAUGGAUUGGACAAGCUCAGCCAUCUGCAGCAACUGCAUAUCGAAUGCUUUCGGAAUCUGGUUUCGGUUUCCAGGUUGCCCUCAACCGGCCUACGUGUGCUGCAUCUAAGCUGGUGCCGUAAACUCCAAGCUCUACCAAAUGGCCUGCAUUGCCUUACAUAUCUUCAGGAACUGGAGAUAUCAAACUGUCCAUGUUUAUUAACCUUUCCCGAAGAAGGUUUCCCUACAAACUUGACUUCGCUUGCAAUCUCAAAACCUGAAAUUCUUGAAGGACUGAUCCAUUGGGGAUUCCAUAAGCUCACUUCUCUUAAAAGACUUGCAAUCUAUGGAGGAUAUUCAGAUGGGGUAAUGUUUCCACAUGAAGGGAACGGCAUGAUGUUGCCUUGUUCUGUACGCAAACUCGCCUUCAGCGAUUUCCCAAAUGUCGAAACCCUGUCUUCCAAGGGCUUUCAAAACCUUCCCUUCCUUGAAUGUUUGUCCAUUGUUAAACUUCCAAAGCUGAAAUGUUUGCCCGGAAGAGACAUGCUUAUGUCUUUGUUGGAAUUAUAUAUCCAUGACUGUCCAUUGUUAAAAGAAAGUUGCAGAAGGGAUUAA